UCUAAACUCCGCCCUCCCCUCCCCGUGACUGGAGUUUAGUGUAGUGCGGGGAGGGAGGGGGCGCCGGUAUGGAAACUGAAAGCAUGGCUCCAUUCCCCAUUAACACUGCUGCCUAACCUGGCCUGGAUUUCCUGCAUGAUCUCAUGAACUAGAAUGGAGGAAAACUGGGAUACUGAAAUUGAAACUGAAAAACCAACUUAUGUACCGAAUUUCAGUACCUUGGAGACCGAAAAUACAGAUAAUUACAGUGCCUACUCUAACAAUGAUAUCAACAAUCAAAAUUAUGAUUCUGAAAGAAGUUUUGGAAACCGAGGAGGUUAUCGGUCUGAAAGGAGUAGGCCUAGUAAUUUUAACAGAGGUAGUCGAACUGAAAGGGGAAGAGGACGAGGGUUUGGUACUAAUCGAAAUGAUAAUUAUUCUUCUGAGAGAGAUGUGUUUGGAGAUGAUGAGAGGGAUCAACGCAGAGGGUUUCCAGGCAGAGGUGGAUAUAAUGGCAAUGAGGAUGGACAGAAACCUAAUGCCUUUCGAGGAAGAGGUGGGUUCAGAAAUGAGAAUGAACAGCGUCGAGGCUUUGGAGAAAGAGGAGGAUUUAGAAGCGAGAAUGGACAGCGAAACUUUGAUAACAGAGGAGAUUUUGGUAAUUCUGGUGAAGAAGAGGAUCGUCCACGUUCUUAUGGGAGAGGUGGUUUUAACAACUCUGAUACUGGUGGAAGAGGACGAAGAGGUGGCCGAGGUGGUGGAAGCCAGUAUGGUGGAUACAAAGGAAGAAAUGAAGAAGUUGGUGUAGAAUCUGGAAAAAGUCAAGAAGAAGGAAAUGAAAAAGAUGAAAAACCAAAAAAGGUGACCUAUAUUCCUCCGCCUCCACCUGAUGGUGAAGAUAAUAUAUUCCGGCAAUACCAGUCUGGAAUCAAUUUUGAUAAAUAUGAUGAGAUUCUUGUUGAUGUGACAGGAAAGGAUGUUCCUCCUGCCAUACUGACUUUUGAAGAAGCUAACCUUUGUGAAACACUAAGAAGAAAUGUUGCUAGAGCUGGAUAUGUAAAGCUAACACCAGUGCAGAAACACAGCAUCCCUAUUAUAAUGGCUGGUCGUGAUUUAAUGGCUUGCGCACAGACUGGUUCUGGUAAAACUGCUGCUUUUCUUUUGCCAAUUCUCAGUUAUAUGAUGAAUGAAGGAAUUACAGCUAGUCAGUAUUUACAACUUCAGGAACCAGAAGCCAUAAUUAUUGCCCCUACCAGAGAACUUAUUAACCAGAUAUAUCUCGAUGCUCGAAAAUUUUCAUAUGGAACCUGCGUGCGUCCAGUAGUUGUAUAUGGUGGUAUACAACCUGUACAUGCAAUGAGGGACGUUGAAAAAGGGUGCAAUAUACUUUGUGCAACCCCUGGAAGAUUGCUGGACAUAGUGAGCAAAGAAAAAAUUGGCUUAAGUAAGCUAAGAUAUCUAGUUCUGGAUGAAGCGGAUCGCAUGUUGGAUAUGGGAUUUGCCCCGGAAAUAGAAAAAUUAAUGACAAAGCCAGGAAUGCCAACAAAAGAAAAGCGACAAACACUAAUGUUCAGUGCUACCUAUCCUGAGGAAAUUCGGAGGUUGGCUUCGAAUUAUUUGAAAUCUGAACAUUUGUUUGUUGUGGUCGGAUUAGUUGGAGGAGCUUGUAGUGAUGUGGCACAAACAGUUCUUGAAAUGCGAGAAAAUGGAAAGAUGGAAAAGCUACUUGAAAUUCUGAAAAGCUCAGAGAAAGAGCGAACUAUGAUUUUUGUGAAUACAAAAAAGAAGGCAGAUUUUAUUGCUGGUUACCUUUGUCAAGAGAAAUUUUCAUCAACAAGCAUUCACGGUGAUAGAGAACAAUACCAAAGAGAGAGUGCUCUCUGGGAUUUCAGAACUGGAAAGUGUACUGUUAUUGUCUGCACAGCAGUUGCUGCCAGAGGCUUGGAUAUUGAAAAUGUUCAACACGUGAUAAAUUAUGACGUUCCUAAGGAAGUUGAUGAGUACGUCCAUAGAAUUGGUCGUACCGGUCGCUGUGGUAACACCGGAAAGGCAACAUCAUUUUUCAAUGUUCAGGAUGACCAUGUGAUUGCUCGUCCCCUUGUGAAAAUUCUUACCGAUGCUCAUCAAGAAGUCCCUGCUUGGUUAGAAGAAAUUGCCUUUGGGGGCCAUGGAGCUUUGAAUAGCUUUUAUGCAGCGGACUCUAUGGGCGAACAGGCCGGAGGAAAUGCCGUCACUACUCCUUCAUUCGCACAAGAAGAAGAGGCUAGCUGGGAUUAAAUAGUAGAAUCAAAUUGCAGAAUUCAAAUAUUGUUAAAAUGUUUAAAAAGAAAUCUUGUUUUAUAACAUCUUUUCCAAGAGCUGAAAUGACGAAAAAACUCCUUAUGUGAGAAUUAUCAAUCGCAAGCAGAGCAAGUUAUUUGAUUUAGUUUGAACCUUUAAGAGAAUGUGUUUACAUUCAACUUGGCCAUCAUUUAUUUCAUUAAAACCUUUAUUGUUUAACUGCAACUGAAAGUUUGACUUGUAUAAUUAUUAAACCAAGUUUUGUUUGCUUUUUCUUCCAAAACAAGCACCAAUAAACCCACAUCAUUCUGAAAA